UCCCGGGGCGCAGGGUCACGUGGGCACACGGCCCCGCCCCGUCACCCGGGCCCCGGCGAAGUGGGCCUGGCGUUUGCCCCGGAAGUACCUGUCCGGCUGACAGCUGCUGGCGCGGCGGCGGCGGGUCUGAGGAAGAUGGCGCUGCGGCCGGGAGCAGGAGCUGGCGGCGGGGCUGCGGGAGCCGGCGCGGGGGCCGCCGGGGGAGGCAGCUUCAUGUUUCCUGUUGCAGGUGGAAUAAGACCCUCUCAAGCAGGCCUAAUGCCAAUGCAGCAACAAGGAUUUCCUAUGGUCUCUGUCAUGCAACCUAAUAUGCAAGGCAUGAUGGGGAUGAAUUACAGCUCUCAAAUGUCCCAAGGACCAAUUGCUAUGCAGGCAGGGAUACCAAUGGGCCCAAUGCCAGCAGCAGGAAUGCCUUACCUGGGACAAGCACCAUUUCUAGGCAUGCGUCCUCCAGGCCCACAGUAUACUCCAGACAUGCAGAAGCAGUUUGCUGAAGAGCAGCAAAAACGAUUUGAGCAACAGCAAAAACUCUUAGAAGAAGAAAGAAAAAGACGCCAGUUUGAAGAGCAGAAGCAAAAGCUCAGACUUCUGAGUAGUGUAAAGCCCAAGACAGGAGAGAAGAGUAGAGAUGAUGCUUUGGAAGCCAUCAAAGGAAACUUAGAUGGAUUUUCCAGAGAUGCUAAGAUGCACCCUACUCCAGCAUCACACCCUAAGAAACCAGAUUGUCCCACAUCAUCUCAUUCUACUAAAACUGUCUCCCCAUCACCUGCCUUUCUUGAUGAAGAAGAAUUCAGUGACUUUAUGCAGGGGCCCAUUGAAGUUCCUACGUGUGGGCCUUCUUCCACAGCCCCACCCUUUCAGUCUUUCCAUCCCACCACCCCACUUGGCCAGUUGCACACACAGAAGGCUGGUGCACAGCCCCUCCCUCCAGGUCAGAUUCCAGUGUCUUUUGCGUUACAUGGUGUCCCUGGGCAAAUUCCUUAUUUCUCUGCUGCUUCAGCCUCACACCAUGUACGGAAAGCAGGCCCACCCUUGGAGGAGAAGCUACUAGUAUCUUGUGACAUAAGUACAUCUGGGCAGGAACAAAUUAAAUUAAAUACAUCUGAAGUUGGGCACAAAGCCCUGGGCCAAGUUUCCAGUAAGAACCAACCCAGUUUAACAGCCAAUAGUGGGGUUGCUGUAGAUGAAUGUGUAAGUGGUGCCUCCACUACAGAGGCAGAAAAGACUUCAGACCAAAACCUGUCAAUUGAAGAGAGUGGUGUAGGAGUAUUUCCCGCACAAGAUCCUGUUCAGCCCAGAAUGCCUCCCUGGAUCUACAAUGAGAGUCUGGUUCCAGAUGCAUAUAAGAAAAUUUUAGAAACUACAAUGACUCCCACUGGAAUAGAUACUGCUAAACUUUAUCCCAUUCUGAUGUCGUCUGGACUUCCCAGGGAAACUCUUGGACAGAUAUGGGCCUUAGCUAAUCGAACUACACCUGGCAAACUUACUAAGGAAGAACUUUAUACUGUUCUCGCCAUGAUAGCAGUAACACAGAGAGGUGUUCCUGCCAUCAGUCCUGAUGCUUUGACUCAGUUCCCAGCAGCUCCUAUUCCAACCUUAAGUGGCUUUCCUAUGACUCUGCCUGCCCCUGUGAGUCAGGCCCCUGUAAUACCUUCAGGCCCUGCAAGCUCCAUGCCUCUCAGCCUUGGACAGCCAGUCGUGGCCAUUAACCUUGUUGGACCAGUGGGUGGAGCUGCAGCCCCAGCUUCCAGUGGCUUUAUGCCAACUUACCCAACAAAUCAGAUUGGAAAGCCAGAAGAUGAUGAGUUCCAGGAUUUUCAAGAUGCUUCUAAGUCAGGAUCUCUUGAUGAUUCAUUCACUGAUUUCCAAGAGGUUCCUACUUCUUCAAAAACAAAUAAUUCCCAGCAUGCAAACAGUACCCCAUCUUUGUUGAUACCACUUACAGGAACUAAAACAUCAGCUUCAGUGGAUAAAUAUGCAGUGUUUAAAGGAAUUGCAGCUGACAAGUCCUCUGAAAAUACUAUUCCUUUUGGAGAGCCUGGUGACAAAUAUAGUGCUUUCAGAGAACUUGAACAGACAAUUGAAAAUAAAUCUUUGGGAGAGAGCUUUGCAGAAUUUAGAUCUGCAGGAACUGAUGAUGGUUUCACCGAUUUUAAAACAGCCGAUAGUGUAUCACCACUAGAGCCACCGACAAAAGACAAACCUUUUCCAGCAUCCUUCCCCGUGGGAACUAUACCACAGAAACAGCCACCACAAAUUAAAAAUCCUCUGAACUUAGCAGACCUAGAUAUGUUUUCCUCAGUUAAUUGUAGCAGUGAGAAACCAUUGUCUUUUUCAGCUGCAUUCAGUACAUCAAAAUCAGUUUCUGCACAACCUCAGCCAACAGGUUCUGCUGCAACUACAUCAGCACCAAUAUCAAAUAAAAGUUCUACUUUGGCUGAUGAUUUUGAUGAAUUCAACCUUUUUGGGGAAUAUUCUAGCCCAGCAUCUGUUGGGGAACAGGAUGACUUUGCAGAUUUUAUGGCUUUCAGUAAUAGUUCUGUUUCAUCUGAACAAAAGGCAGAUGACAAAUAUGAUGUCCAUAAAGAGGAAGCUAGUCCUGUUCCUCUGACCAACAACUUGGGCAACACAGUGAAGAGUACACAGAACCCAGUUGCCACAUCUACCAAGUAUGAUGUCUUCAAACAACUUUCUCUAGAAGGAGCUGGGCUAGGUGUGGAGGAAUCAAAAGAUAACACUCCUUCUGGAAAAAGUGAGGAUGAUUUUGCUGACUUCCACUCCAAUAAAUUUUCUUCCAUGAACUCGGACAAAUCCCUGACAGAGAAAGCAGUGGCUUUCAGACACACCAAAGAAGACUCCGCUUCAGUGAAGUCCUUGGAUCUCCCUUCCAUUGGUGGCAGCAGUGUUGGCAAGGAGGACUCUGAAGAUGCACUCUCUGUUCAGUUUGACAUGAAAUUGGCUGAUGUAGGAGGAGAUCUUAAGCAUGUCAUGUCUGAUAGCUCUUUGGAUUUACCAACAGUUAGUGGCCAGCAUCCUCCUGCUGCAGAUAUAGAGGACUUAAAAUAUGCUGCUUUUGGAAGCUACAGUAGCAAUUUUGCCAUGAGCACACUUACAAGUUAUGACUGGUCAGACAGGGAUGAUGCGUCUCAGGGCAGAAAACUCUCUCCAUUUGUCCUCUCAGCAGGAAGUGGAUCCUCCUCAGCUGCCUCCAUUCUUCAGAAGAAAGAGACAUCAUUUGGCAGUUCUGAAAACAUCACCCUGACAUCUCUCUCCAACGUAACCACCUUUGCAAGUGAAGACAGUCUUCCAGAGACUACCUUCCCAGCUUUUGCCAGUUUUACAGACAUGAUUCCUCAGACCAAUGAGCAAAAGGAAUAUGAAAGUGGAGACUAUAAAGAUUUCACAAGACAGGACCUGUCCAUAGCAGAACAGAGCCAAGAGGUCACAUGUCCAAGCCCAGCUUCCAGCGGUGCCUCUCAUGAAACCCCCAAAGAAUGUUCAGAUGACUUUGGAGAGUUUCAAAGUGAAAAGCCUAAAAUCAGCAAAUUUGACUUUUUAAAAGUAGCCAAUUCUCAGAGCAAAAUGAAGUCCAGUGAAGAAAUGAUCAAAAGUGAGCUGGCAACCUUUGACCUUUCUGUUCAAGGAUCGCAUAAGAGGAGCUUGAGCCUUGGUGAUAAAGAAAUAAGCCGGUCCUCUCCUUCUCCAGCUGUGGAGCAGCCUUUCAGAGACCGUUCCAACACUCUGAGUGAGAAGCCAGCUCUGCCUGUCAUCCGUGACAAGUACAAAGAUCUGACUGGAGAGGUGGAGGAAAAUGAGAGAUACGCAUAUGAAUGGCAGAGAUGCCUGGGGAGUGCCCUGGAUGUCAUUAAGAAAGCAAAUGAUACCUUAAAUGGAAUUAGUAGUAGUGCUGUUUGUACAGAAGUCAUUCAGUCGGCUCAAGGCAUGGAAUAUUUAUUAGGGGUUGUUGAGGUGUACAGAGUAACCAAACGUGUGGAGCUGGGGAUAAAAGCCACUGCAGUGUGCAGUGAGAAACUCCAACAGUUGCUGAAGGACAUCGAUAAAGUAUGGAAUAACCUGAUCGGCUUCAUGUCACUCGCCACACUCACCCCAGAUGAAAAUUCGCUGGAUUUUUCCUCCUGUAUGCUUCGGCCUGGGAUUAAAAAUGCUCAGGAACUUGCUUGUGGGGUGUGCCUCUUAAAUGUGGACUCCAGGAGCCGGAAAGAAGAGAAGCCUGCAGAAGAACAUCCUAAAAAAGCAUUCAACUCAGAAACAGACAGUUUCAAGCUGGCAUAUGGAGGGCACCAAUACCACGCCAGCUGUGCCAACUUCUGGAUCAACUGUGUCGAACCGAAGCCUCCUGGCCUCAUCCUGCCUGAUUUGCUCUGAAAAUCUCCUCCAUGAAGCACCAACUGUUUUGGGGGUUUUUUGUUUGUUUUCUGUCACUCACCCUGGGGUGACAGGGACCACUAAACAGAAUUGAGUAUGGUGAAGUUCAUCUCCAUGAAUCUGUAUGAAGAAUUCCCCAAGAGGUAGGGCAGAAAAAUGCAGUGGAGCUUCCCAGUCACUCCUACAGGCAACAUUUGAGCUCGCAUUCCCACUGCUUGCCUUUGGGAUUUGAGGUAAAAUUGCCCUUCCUGAACAGCAUAUGGCAUCAAAAGUUUGCUCACUUAUUUCUAAUUCUCUUAAGGUGUUUUUAAAUAUGGGCCACAGUUUUCUUUAUGAAAGAAUUUGCUGCUACAGUAUUCAAGCUGUGAAGAAUUGACAUUUUUUAAAAAGUAAGUUAUUAUUGUAGGACUGGAAUUGGAAGGACUGUUUCAAGCCAGUGCUUGCUUCUAUCUAGGACAGUAAUGGUCCUGUGAAGUAGACUGCAUUUCUCUGCAUUAGUUUGUAAAUAUCUGACAUGAAUAAAAAGGGAAUUUGUGAUUAACUUGAUGCUCUAUCUUCUUAGAAAAAUAAAACCUGCUCAUCUCCAUUAGACAAUGGCUGCAGCGAGGACAAUUACCAUUUUUGCUGUCACAGCUGAACCUCUUCUCUACUCCUUUUCCUUUAUUUCUGAACUGUCAACUCUCAAGACUUUUUCCCAAAACAUACCUGGGCCCUUUGCUGUGGAGAACAUCCAUUUGACAGAGGCCUAAAACUGUGUAUUGGGAUGAAUAGCUUUCUUCAGAGCUCUCGCUGAAAACUUGUUUUGCGUCACACAAAGGCUAGUAUGAAGCAUGGCAUUUUUGCAGAUAAGAUCUGGAAAGGAAGUUGGGCAUGGUGGCACAUGCCUGUAAUCCCAGCACUCAGGAGGCUGAGGCAGGAGGAUCACUGUGAGCUCAAGGCCAGCCUGAACUACACAGCAAGACUUUGUCUCAAAAAAAAAAAAUCUGGAAAGGCCAUGGAAUGCGGUCUCUCUGUAGCAACCUCUCAUUUCCAAAGGUGACUGCAUAAGAGCCAGCGCUGCCUAACCUUGCAGUAUGCCUGAGAGACCAGAAAAUGAACUUAGGGUGAGAAGGUGGGCUCUAGCCCAGUAAGAAUAGUGGACAUACGUAUAUUUAUGGUAGAGAUACAUGCCACGGAAGCAUGGAAGGAAAUUGUUCAGCAAUAGUAUUAAAUUUUAAAAGGAAAAGGCUCAUGGUUUCUGGUGUAGGAAUUUUUCUUUGACAUUUAGGCUGAAUGUGGAAAAUUAGGAGAACAAAAGCCACGUGGUUAAGGGCUAUUAUUUCUGAGGAAGAACAUACCAAUCUAGGGCAAAUGUUUCUCUUAACUGUUAGUUAUAUGCUUUAUGAAGAGAUUUUGAAUCUCGAAUGACUCACUUUGUAUGACAGGUUCUGACGUAGACAUAAGCUUUUCUUGAAAAUUGAAAAGGUUGAUUUCUGUCUUAAGUGCUGCUUUUACAUAAUUAUUUUCUCCUCUGAACAAAAUUUGAGGGAAUUCUGUUGUUCUUAUACCUUUCACAUUUUCUCUAAGAAAGUUUAGAACAUUUUAAACAGCUAUUGAUAUGCUUCUGAUUUACCUUGCUAUAUACCAGAACACAGAGAAGCACUGAUGAAAUAAAUGCUCUUAUCUGCACCACAUGACACCAUCUCCAGCUCUUUUUUUUUUUUUUUGGUGCCCAGGAUCAACUCCGGUCUUUGCGCUUGCGCAGCAGGCAGCAAAACCACUGAGCUAAAUCCCUGGCCCAUCCAGCUCUUAAUGAGUGGGACAGCUGACUCAGUUGCCUCCUGGAGCCAUCUCUCUUCCCAGCAGUGGUGGUGUUCAUAACAACACACGGGGCCAAUUUUCAGCGGGCUAUUCCUGAGGGUUCUGCUCCGCUUCAUCCUGGACAGCCCUAGUGCUUCAGCAUAACAAGCAUCUAAGAGAACCAGGAUGAGCAAGAACGCUUCCCAGUUCGAUAAACUUUGUAUUGCUGAAACAGUUUUCAGAAAUACUAUAUGGGUUGUUAUUGUCACAGUGGCCCGUCGGUGAUGGCGAACUUUUAGAGCUUUCAGUGAUAACAGCUCACUGCAGCAUGUGUCAUAGGUUUGCCACCACUGGCCUGUAUCAGUAACAUUUUUUUUUUUUUUGGUACCAGGGAUCGAACUUGGGUCCUUGCGCUUGUGCAGCAGGCGGCGGAACCACUGAGCUAAGUCCCCAGCCCCAACAUUUUUUAAGUACUUGUUUACUAGACUGGCAUCCAUUCCUAGAUUUAUUCUAGAAUGACUGAGAUAAAUUCCCGAGUAUAAUCACAGUUAUCUUUACCAAGUAUGAUAGGUUUAGUCACUCUUUGGAAGGCACCAGAGGAAAAUUUAACCUUUGCUAUGAAAAAUACUCAUUACUUCUAAUAUCUGCUUAAUAGUUGAAAUGUUUAGAUACCACCAAUAACGAUUUGGGGAAUGUGGAAUGCCAUUGGGCUGAUUUUCUUUCUAUGCAUUUAUUGAAAUGACUCAACAUUGCAUUCAGCUUCACCUCAGCUCUUCUCUUGUCAGCAAAGAGCCCAGUGUCCUUGGAAACAGUAACCAAGGUUACUUAUUUCCAUGCUGUCUGUGUAUUGUGUUGGGCAGCUUCACCCCACUGCUUGAAUGGUGAUUAAUAAGCACUUUUCUUUUUUGGUAUUGUUUUGCCUUUUAAAUCGCUGUGGCUUAGUGUGUAAUUUAAUUUUUGUCUGGACAUGCGUGAGAUAAAAAAGGUACAAGGUAAACAAGGAUAUUACCCAUGCUUUUUCUUUGGCCAUUAGUUAGCAUUUCACAUAGGCUGUGUAUUUUAAAUUGUUAAGAGUAUUUUGUGAAUAUAUAUAUAAAAGAUGUUUGUGAUUUUUUGUUUAAGAUCUCUUAAAGAGAUCAUCUUUCCUAUUUAAUUAGUGUGAUUCUUGCCAGGUAAGGUGAGGCAGGAGGAUCACUGGGAAUUUAAGGCCAUCCUGGGCUACCCUGUAAGUUCAAGGCUAGCCUGAACUACAUACCAAAACCCUGUCUCAGAAAACAACAAAAAAAGUGUUUUUAAGUUUUGAGAAAGUUGUAGGAGCUCUGUUAUAGAAAUUUGAAAUAUAUGCUCUGUACUGGGGCUUGCUAUGAAAAUUCCCUUUAACACCUUCUAGGUCAGACUCCUUCCUUUGCGAGCAUCUAAGAGACUGUUUCAAAGACAUUUGCCAUUCAAAAGACAGCAUUACAGCCUGCUGUGGACCAUCCCAGCAAAUGUCAGAAUGCAAGGCAAGUUGUGUUUAGCCUGUGUUUUUAUGUUUAGGUUACAUUAAUAUUUCUUGAGGAAAGUGUGUACCAAGUAAUAUCAAAAAGACUUCUUGCAAGGUAAAGCCAAGAAAAUAAAACUCAGUAAGUGAAACAGCUCAGUUGAAAAGUGCUACUUUACAAAUAUUUUUCAACCAUAAGUAUCAUUAUAACAAAAAUUUUACUUAAGUCCAUCCUUUAUAUGCUGAUGUGAACAUAGUAUAAGCGGGUUUAAAGCAUUCACAUAUGAUACCUCAUCUUGUAGCUGUGGCUAUAUUAGUGGGUACUGUGGUCCAUAGUGAAAUGUGUUGUCUUGUGUGUGAUGUGAAAUUUGGUUCUGUAUUUUAUGAAGUACUGUGGCUUUUUUCCUUCGUUUACAUUUUAAUAAACAAUUGCCCUAAUUGACAUGUUCACACAUUAUAAAACUUGACCUUUAAAA